UCCGUACGGUCACCCGGUGGGCUUUGUGGCGUCUCGGUAGAUGUGAUCAGGGCUGUUGACAGACAACAAUAAUGCGUCAACACCUUUUCCGGUUUGUUAUUUUCAAAAUAAACGUACACAUUUCUGCUUAUGCUGUACCGUUCCUUUCAAAAUAAAAGCACUGAUAUGACGUUCUUCUCCUCUCCUACCGCCUCUCGUGAUCUUUUAGUGAAUUACCGAACGCGCUGUCCAGUUGUUAGGCAAAAUGAACCUGCACAAGUAAACGCCCUGCAUUCACAAAGCAUCAACAUUAAAAUAUUCUUAAAGUAAAGUCACUCUUGUGUCUUAAGGCCCAUUUCAGAAUCAUGCAAUAUCAUUAGUGGUGGAAGACGUAUUCAGACCCUUUACUUAAAUAAAAGUAAAUAAGUCAAAGUACAGAAAUAUUAUCAACUGUAGGCCGUAAAUGUGCAAUGGGGGAAAUAAAACUGCACGGACGGAACAUCCCGAGGGACAACUCUGUGUGCGGAAGUGCGACUACAGGCAGAAGAGGAGGAUUCCAGACGCUCCUCCGGGACGGUCUCUUUGUAGUAUACCUUUUAUAACUCUUUGACACCUAUCGCCUGAGUUGUAAAGGAGUCACUUAAUACACUAGCGGUCCAAUAUUACGUAAAGGCAAGUUACGUUAAAGUGUACCCAGAUUCAGAGAGGCACGGGGAGCUUCUCAGAGACAUUUCCGGAAAUGGAGCAGAGAGACUGUCCUUCUGUGAGACCCGAGGACAGUGUCCUGUCAGGGGGGGGGUGAACGUGGAAGAGCGGGACGGAGCGGCUUUAACCCGUGGCCGAUGCUCGUGCUGUCAGUCCUGGGCUCCGCUGCAGCUGCGGCCGCUGUGGGCUGUGUGUGCGCGCUCAUCUACCCCGUACUCAAAGAGCUGCGUGCAGAGAGAGUGGGACGGGAGGACGGGACUGAAGAAAGGAUGCUGGGUUUUUGGAGUAUCCUGGUGCUAUCAGUAUCAGUGGGAUGUAUCUGCUGUGCCUUCUCGUGGGCCCUCACCUACCUUGACUCGUACCAGCCUGGCAUGAUGUUGGCAGCACCGCUGGCACUGGCCCACUAUAGAGAUGUAUCUGGCCAUGGUUUCAACAUGGGGUUUGGCGUCGCCGUCCUUAAUGGCAUCAUGUCCAUGCUCACCGUCAUCUGGAGCCUCACCUGACACACACAAAGGCAUCGAGCAACCUGUGGGAGGGUAAAGGAAUGGACGGAAGUUCUCCACUGCUACAUCUAAAUCCGACUUGAAAUGGAGGUGUAUUCAUUGUGUUGAGAGGACCACCAGGCCUGUGUUUCUGGAACAGGACAUUACCUGAAUACACGUUAUGUACAGUGCCUUGCAAAAAGUAUUCACUCCCUUGGUUCUUUCCUGUUAUCGCAUUAAAACCUGUAAUUUAAAUAGAUCUUA